ACACCCUCUCUUUGACAUUGAGAACCAAAUCAAACACCUUUUCUUUUUCUUGUGGAACCAAGUCAACAUUUGGUCAAACAAACUUGGCAAUCUCUCCCCAAUUUUCUUUUGCCGUGAAUUGGGAUGAGACCAUCGUUUAUAUUGGUAGACAAACCAAAGCCUAAACCUAUACAAAGGUUGACUGAGAUCUGCCCAACGGUCCAGGAAUAACUGAAGCUAAGGAAGCUCCAUUGCUCGUGAGAAGUUAAUAGAUGGCAGAGAUUGUUUCUGGACUUGCGAGUCCGAUAGUGCAGCUCGGUGAGUGGUUAUGGAUUCCAGUAAAGCGCGGGUUGAGUUACAUGAUUCACUAUAAGAAAAACAUACAGUCUCUUAAACUUCAAGUGGAAAAGCUCGAGGCAAUGAAAAAUGGUUAUCAAGAAAUCGUUCAUGCUGUUCAAAUGAAUGGAGAAGAUGUCAAGCCUGAGAUUCAAAUAUGGCUACAAGAUGCUAAUAAGGCCAUAGCAGAUGCAACACAAUUAAAUAAUGAAGCCGAGGAAGCAGCUAAAAAUUGCAUCACCGGAAAUUUGAGAUGGCGUUACACUUUAGGAAAGAAAGUAAUGAAGAAGAAAGUAGCUUUAAACAAGCUACAAGAGGAGGGAAAGUUUGAAACUAUUUCAGUUCCAGUUAUGCGGCCAAUUGAAAUCGAGUCCACAAUGUCAACGAAUGGUUUUGAAGCAUUUGCAGCGACAAGACAAGCCAUGGAUCAAGUCAUGAAAGCGCUGAAAGAUGAUAAGGUCACCGUCAUUGGGGUCUAUGGAAUGGGAGGUGUGGGUAAGACAACCAUGGUGAAAAAUGUCGGUGUGCAAGCUUGUAGAGAUGGACUCUUUGAUCAUGUGAUUAUGGCUGUCUUUACCCAAAACCCCAACUUGAUGAAAAUUCAAGGUCAGCUUUCAGACAUGUUGGGCUUGAAAUUGCAGGAGGAGACAGAAUUGGGAAGAGCAUGUAGACUGAGGAAUAGGAUACUAAGAGCGAAGAGGACGCUCAUAAUUUUAGAUGACAUUUGGAAUACAUUAUUAGAUUUGAUCAGCAUUGGGAUUCCGAACCACACGGAGCUUCAAGGAUGCAAUUCCAAAGUCCUUCUCACCACAAGGAGAUUAAAUGUCUGUCAUGCCAUGGAAAGCCACGUCAAAAUACCUCUCAACGUCCUAUCUGAAGGAGAUUCUUGGAACUUGUUUGUCAAGAAAGCGGGAAAGUCUUUUGAAUCGGCUGCUUUCAUCAAUAUAGCAAGAAAGGUAGCUAGAGAAUGUGCUGGUCUUCCGAUAGCAUUGAUAGCAGUUGCAAGGGCACUUGGAGAUAAAGACAUUGAGGAAUGGAAAGAAGCAGCUCGACAACUUGAGAUGUCCCGACCUGCCAACCUUGAAGACGAGGGGGAUGUGCUCAGAUGCAUAAAGUUGAGCUAUGAUUACUUGAAAGGCGAGGAUGCCAAGUCAUGCUUCUUGCUUUGCUCCCUAUUCCCAGAAGAUGGUAAAAUCCCAAUACAAGACUUGUUUAAUUAUUGGUUUGGGAAUGGAUUGUUUCGAGAUGGCAAGACACUGGAAGAAGCCAGAGCUAGAGCACAUUCAGUGAUCAAGUACCUUAAAGCUUCUAGCUUGCUUUUGGACGGCGAAAGGAAAGAAUACGUCAGGAUGCAUGAUGUCAUACGCGAUAUGGCCAUAUCAAUUGCAUUAUCAGAACAGGACCAUGAGUUUUUAGUAAAAGCCGGUUGGGAAUUGGAGGACUGGCCAAAUGAUGUCGAUGAAGGCUGCUCCGCAAUCUCACUAAAGAGCAACUGCAUUUGCAAGCUUCCGGAAGAAUUGGUAUGUCCAAGACUCCGAAUUUUACUUAUAGAUGAUAAUCUUAAACUAAAGAAGAUCUCAGAAGCUUUUUUCCGAAGUCUGAAUGCAUUAAGGGUCUUAGACCUUAGCAGCACUUGUAUUUCGUCACUGCCCUCUUCGCUCAAUCUCCUAACCAACCUUCAAACAUUGCACCUAGAUUCAUGUUGGUCAUUAAAGGAUAUUUCCGUACUAAGAGAACUAACCAAACUUGAGAUCCUUAGUCUGAAAGACUCGCGUUUUGAGGAAUUGCCAAGGGAAAUAGGAAACUUGGCCAAUCUGAGGUUGUUGGAUUUUGCUGGGAAUACAAUGAUUCAGAGAGUUCCAUCCAAUGUGAUAUCUAGGCUGUCUCGGUUAGAGGAACUAUACAUGCAAGGUAGUUUUGGAAAUUUUGGGAGUAGAAUUGAAGGAGCAGGAGAAGAAACUAAUGUUGGAUUCGAUGAGCUAACUUGCUUGUCGUACUUAAGUAAUUUGACUGUUCAGAUUCAUUCUGCAGAAUGCAUUCCCGAAAAUGUUGGCUUCCAUCCAAAUUGGGAAAAAUUUUACAUACUCAUCAAGAGUCAAACAAUACCCCUACAUAAGGUUGAGUAUUAUGAUUUUAGUAGUUCAUAUGGUUCAAGAAUCUUGGCUCUUGAUACCACAAUCAAUAACUUGCCUAGUUGGUUUAACAGUGCAGUGACCGAAAGGGCAAAGAAAAUAGUCUACAAAGAAUGUAGGGGCUUGAUUAACAUUAUCGAGGAAUAUGCCAUUGAGAGACUACAUGAAUUGAUGUCUCUUCAUGUCGAAAGUUGCCAUCAGAUGCAUAGUUUGAUGAACUACACGGCCACAAAUUUGGUUCCGAAUAAGCUCGUGUUCAAGAACUUGGAAGAGUUGUGUGUGAGUAACAUGAAUGAGUUAAAAGAGUUAUGUGUUGGCGACUUACCAGAUGGAUCUCUAGGCAAUCUGACGUUAUUGGAAGUGAAAAAGUGUCACGCCUUUGCGAAUGCACUUCUCCAAUCAAAUUUGUUAGAGAAACUCGGGAGUCUGGAAGUACUUAUUGUUGAUGGUAUGAAAAGUUUGGAAUACGUGUUUCAAUCCGAUGGACUCAAACCGGAGCAAACUGUCAUGGGAAAAUGCAGAGAGAUGAAGCUGGAGGAUCUACCAGCACUGAGAAACAUAUGGAAUGGCCCCGCGCAACACGCGACGUUCCAUAAUCUUAAAAUUUUGACAGUUGCAUGGUGUAUGAAACUGAAGAACAUCUUCACAGCGGAUGUGUCUCGGUGUCUUUCACAACUGGAAGAGCUGUGGCUUUCCGAGUGCGAUUGCUUGGAGACAAUUAUCGGACCGAGCGAGGGAGCAUUGAACAACAAGAUCAUUUUGCCACAACUAAACUACUUAUCGUUGCAGUGUCUUCCACGGUUCAAGAGCUUUUAUAGCGGUGCGAGUACUGAUGUCGAGUGCCCUUCAAUGGAGCAUUUGUAUGUACACUACUGCCCGGAAUGUUUAAUCUCUACGUCGGACUUCAACAGCCGGAAGGAAGUCCAAGUCAAUGCAGACCAGCAAGUGCUCUUUGGCCCCAGAAAAAUAAAGGCUUCGUACUCGAUGACCAGAGAGACUCCUACAUUGAUUGACGACGGCUAUGCUUGGAAGAAUUGCGGACAAGAUGAGAUCCCCGGUUCUGAUCACCCAAGGAUCUACUAUCGAUGCAUUCACAAGUUCAAUAACGACUGCCAAGCAACCAAAGAAGUGCAAAAAUUUCGAGAUGAUCCGCCAAUGUACGAGACUACAUAUUUUGGCAUUCAUACAUGCAGGGCACAUCCUAAUUACAUUUGACCAUCUGUGUAGGUUAAUUACUCUUACAACCCCUGAGUUUUUUCAUACUUUCAUAAAACUUCAAGAGAUCUCAAAAAACAGGAAUCGUUUUCGCAAAAUCCUUUGCGUGCACAAAAUAAGUACAUAAAUUACAAAAUUUCCUCCUCGUCCCUAUAUCUUUUAUUUCGUCAAAUUUGGUCCGCGUGGUUUUCAAUCUGUGCCAAUUUGAGGACAUCCGUAGUGUCAUUUGGUGCUGAAAUUAACCAAAGUGAACAGAUGUUCUUGAACUGGAACAGAUCCGUAACUACAAUAACCAAAUUCGAUGAAAUCAAGCGUCUGCGCAAACUAUCGGGACUAAAAUCUUGCAAGAAGUAUUAGUUUUCCGAAACUACGGAUUAUAACUACUACCUAUUCAUAAUUCCAAAUGAAAUGAACAAAGGGAAAAAAGAUAAUAGCUGUACCAAAUCUUAUUACUUCGCACCUAAUCAAACUCUGCAGGUUGCAUUCCCAAUCUCUACUGCCUGCUUAAAUACACGAUCCUUUCGACGGGAACUGUAUCAAAAGUUACAGAAUCUAACUAGCCUAGAAUAUUAUGGUCCACGGGCUCGUGGCAUUCCUAGAAACUUCACGUUGAGGUUGAGCCAAACAAUGGCACAACUUCUACCCAUAAAAUGAGUUCUAAAGCUGAUAAUUUACAACAGCAGAUGUCUUCAAGCAUUUGCUCGUCCUCAAUGCAGAGAAAGACGUGAUGCCACCAUUCAACACCCCACCUCCAAAA